AUGGCGUCGCUUGGCACGCCACUGCCGCAGUUCCAUGAGGCCAAGUCGUCGGCGACCACGCUGCUAUGGCAGGUCUACCACCACCGUCCGCGGACCCAGCGGACCAAGCUGCUGGCGCUGGCCUCAAUUUCUUUUCUCCUGUUCUUCUUCCUGUUGAUUCGGUCGUCCAGGACACCGGACCCUGACUACUGGACAAAAUUCCCCUCGCGCCAUCCCUUUCCCAACCGACCGGAGGAUGCGCAACUCGUGAUGCCCCGGCCCGACAUUUCCGUCAACGGUUCCCUGCCUCAAGACCUGUCCAAGGCCAAUCCCCAAUUUCAUGUCUUGGUGCCGGCCGAAGAUUCCUCCCGUGGCGUCUGCCGGACCAUGACGUCGGCCAUGAUUCUCGAAUAUCCGCCGCUGAGCAUGAUCGGCUGGGGGCUGCCGCCAUCACCCGGCGCGACCGCCCUCGAGCAAACGGUGCAGCGCAUCACCCGCAUGCGCGACUAUCUCAGGGACAGCCAUUACAUCCACGACCGUGACAUCGUCCUGAUCGUCGAUGGCGAGGAUGUCUUCUUCCAAUUGCCCCCGCGGGUUUUGUUACAGAGAUUCCAGAAUAUCCUGCGGACCACCAACCGGAAACUGGCGAAGAAAUAUGGGUAUGCCGAAUUGCCGACAGAGGGCCCGGAUGCCCAGCCCGAGCUGGUACAGAAAUACGAGCAGAGAGUCCUUUUCGGUGCCAGCAAGGAAUGCAUCCCCAGUCUACACAACGACUCCGGCUGCGUGACGGUGCCGCAGUCGUCUUUGCCUCCGGAUGUGUACGGCUGGAAAACAGACGAAUCCCGCGACGGAACCCGCAAUCGGCCCCGGUGGCUGAACCCGGGCGCAGUGAUGGGCCAGGCGGCGGAUGUGCGACUCAUCUACGACGAGAUGCUGCAGCAACUGGAGAGCGACGGCAGCAAUAAAACCGACGAGCACUAUAUCCUGACGCAGAUGUACGGGCGACAGGAAGUCUUGCGGGAACUGGAGCGUCGCCGGACGACCAACCGCGCCAAGGACUGGCUCUAUCGCACGAUUGGCAUCUCGGAUGCGAACAAUAUCACCGGGGUGAAUGCCCGACUGGAGACGGGCCACCGGUACGAGUAUGGGAUCGGAGUUGACUUCGAGUCGCAAUUGUUCUUCAACCAGAUUCUGUCUCGUCACGACGUUGCUUGGGUCAAGUACAGCAAUAUCAGCAGGAUGUCGACUCUACAGAUGGAACACAGAGUCCCGCGCGAGCAUCGUCUCCUGCUACCAACCGAGCUGGCCGAAUGCGCCAAUCCAUUCGUCCAGACGCGCUUCGCCAAGGACGAAGAGAUGGCCCCGCCCUACAACGAGACCCUAGACAAACUCCCCGAUCCAAACGAGCGCUCCUGGGUCAACGUCCCACUCAUGACCAACCCGCACUCGGCCUCGAUUCCGGCACUGGUCCACCUGAAUGGCGACAAGAAGCUGCGCGGCAUCUGGUGGGAGAAGAUGUGGUUCUUUCCCUGGGCCCGCGCCCUGCUGCGCAAAUACGUCCGCAACUCGCGCGGGUUCGACUCGGCGCAGUCGGCCCUGUUAGGUGGGCAGGACUGGUGGGAUACACGCGGUGGCCGCGGUGGAAUCUGGACCGAUGAAGAGGAGUGGAUCCCGCUGUAUGAAGUGUGCCAGGGCGAGGAGCGCGAUCUGUUCGAUGAUGAUUUGGGGCCGUUCGGGAAGGAGAACGGUGAUCCGCUGAAGCCGGUCUACAAUCAGUUUGGAACCCUGAUCAAGGGGGAGAAGAGGAGACGCUAA